CCCAAGCGUCCUCUGUCCGCAUAUAUGUUCUUCAGCCAGGACUGGAGGGAAAGAAUCAAGACUGAGAACCCCGACGCUGGCUUCGGCGAGGUCGGUAAGCUCCUAGGGGCAAAGUGGAAAGAGCUCGAUGAGGAAGAGAAAAAACCCUACGUCGAGAUGGCUGCCAAGGACAAGGUGCGCGCUGAGGAAGAAAAGGCCUCA